AUGACCACCUCCCAGGCCUCCUACGCCGGACCCAUGACCGGUUCACAACCCUUCCUGGCUCCUGCGUUUGUAGCCCCUCGCAGCCAGCAGUCGCUGUCGGACUACCCACCGCUUGCGCUUUUUGCAGCGGCCGAGCAGGCCCAGCAGCAGGAGCUUCAGCAACAGCAAGCGCAGCAACCCAUCGCGUCCCCACUCAACCUCAGCAUCAACCCGAAGCUGCCAUCGCUCGAAGGCCUACUGAAGCAGAUGCAGACUACCUCGCCCACUGCGUCUUCCGCAUCUUCGCCGCAGCAACCACGCCUCAGUCCAAUGUCGACGCCUAUGCCCUCGUUUAGGCCCAUGAUCAGCCCCAACAUGGCCAAGCGCGCGCUGCCACAGGCACCACUCCCCGGUGUGGCUGCCUUUGCCCCUCAGCAGAUUAGUUUAUCCAUGGGUCCAAGUUUCCCCGGCAAGAAGCGCUCGUGGGCUGACGCUACCCCGGCGCAGCAGAUGAUGUACCCAACUAAGCCCCGAUCGUCGCCCAGCAGCAGCCACACCACACACCGCAGCCGAGCUUCCAAGUAUUGCAAGAUUGAGGGCUGCGAACGUGUCUCGCAGCGUAACAAUUUAUGCCACAGUCAUGGCGGUAAGCGUCUCUGCAAAGAGGAGGGCUGUUCGUCUAAGGACCGCGGCAACGGCUUUUGCAUCAAACAUGGUGGCGGUAAGAUCUGCUCCAUGGGUGGCUGUGAGAAGAAGGCUCGUAGGAAAGGUCUGUGCACGCAGCACUUCCGCAUUGCAGAUGAGCACAACGCGGAGACCGUAAUGGCAUCUCCGUACAUGGCUGGGCACAGUGCGUUCCGGUCUGUCUAA